AUGCUGAAGACGAGUCCGUCCGUGACAUCCUCCCACCGCCCAGGGCGUCAGGCGGAGGAGCAGGAGGCAGAGGCGAGGCAGGAAGAGGAGCCUGACUCAGACAGCGAGAAGGACCCGCCCCCUGCAGGGCCCGAGGAAGAGGAUGCAGAGGCCUUCUCCUUUAAGUACCGCCCGGGCCAACUGAGAGGAAACCAGUACAAGAAGAUGAUGACCAAAGAAGAGCUGGAGGAGGAGCAGAGAGUUCAGAAGGAACAGCUGGCUGCCAUCUUCAAGCUCAUGAAGGACCACAAGGAGACGUUCGGGGAGAUGGCCGACGGAGACGUGCAGGAACAGCUGCGGCUCUAUGACAUGUAG